AUUUCGCCGGCUAACAUGAGAGAUCAUGGCCGCUUCGGGCUCCUCAGCUAUGAGCAGAGACCUCUCAAGCGCUCCCGCUUGGGGCCGCCCGACGUCUACCCGCAAGACCCCAAGCAGAAGGAGGAUGAACUUACGGCUGUGAAUGUAAAGCAAGGUUUCAGUAACCAGCCAGCCUUCUCUGGAGAUGAGCAUGGCUCUGCUAGGAAUAUUGUCAUUAACCCUUCAAAGAUUGGAGCUUAUUUUAGCAGCAUAUUAGAAGAGAAGUUAAAACUUAAUACUUUCCAGGAUACAGGAAAGAAGAAACCACAAGUAAAUGCCAAAGACAAUUACUGGCUAGUUACUGCUCGUUCCCAGAGUGCAAUUCACAGUUGGUUUGCAGAUUUAGCAGGAAACAAACCACUGACUAUUCUGGCAAAAAAGGUCCCAAUUCUCAGUAAAAAGGAAGAUGUUUUCGCUUACUUAGCAAAAUAUUCUGUGCCGUUGCUGCGAGCAGCAUGGCUGAUCAAGAUGACAUGCGCAUACUAUUCUGCCAUUUGUGAAGCUAAAAUCAAAAAACGCCAGGCUGCUGAUCCAAAUCUUGAAUGGACUCAGAUUUCAACCAGAUACCUCCGAGAACAGCUGGCAAAGAUUGCAGAAUUUUAUCACAUGACCUCAAGCCAAGGCAGCAGCUCUGCAGCUGUGUCUCCUGAGGUGGAACAAGCCCUGAAGCAGUGGGAAUAUAAUGAAAAGCUAGCUUUCUAUAUGUUCCAGGAAGGACUGUUUGAAAGACACGAAUAUUUAACAUGGAUAUUGGAUGUCUUGGAAAAAAUAAGGCCUACUGAUGAUGAACUUCUAAAACUCCUACUACCGCUAAUAUUGCAGUAUUCAGAAGAGUUCGUUCAGUCGGCCUACCUGUCACGCCGACUUGCUUUCUUCUGUGCCAGACGCCUCUCUUUGUUAAUAAGUGACAGUCCUAACCUCAUAGCUGCCCACUCACCUCAUAUGAUGAUUGGACCAAAUAACCCACCUCUAGCGGUUCCAAGCCCUACUACAGCCGGGCCUGUGGUCAACCCUGCACAGCUAGCAUGUUCGGAUUUCCUUUCUUGCCCACAACAUCGUCCACUGGUUUAUGGACUCAGUUGUAUGCUGCAGACAAUAACUCUCUGUUGCCCAAGUGCCUUGGUGUGGAAUUAUUCCACAAAUGAAAGUAAAAACAUCAAUCCUGGUUCACCUUUGGAUUUACUUCAAGUUGCUCCAUCUAGUUUACCUAUGCCUGGAGGAAAUUCUGUGUUUAAUCAGCAGGUACGGGGAAAGAUUUAUGAAGUAGAACAGCAGAUAAAGCAAAGAGGCCGUGCUGUGGAAGUGCGAUGGUCUUUUGACAAAUGCCAAGAAACAGCUGCAGGGGUGACUAUCAGCCGCGUUUUGCACACAUUGGAGGUUUUGGAUAGACACUGCUUUGAUCGAUCAGAUUCUAGCAAUUCAAUGGAAAGUCUUUAUCACAAGAUUUUCUGGCCAAACCAGAACAAGGAUAGCCAGGAGGUCGCAACUAAUGAUGAAGCUGUCGUAACGUUGCUUUGUGAAUGGGCUGUGAGCAGCAAAAGAGCUGGCAAGCAUAGGGCGAUGGCUGUGGCUAAAUUAUUGGAGAAGAGGCAAGCUGAAAUUGAAGUGGAACGAUGUGGAGAGGCAGAAGUCUUGGACGAAAAGGAAUCAAUUUCUUCGGCAUCACUUGCUGGAUCCAGCCUCCCUGUUUUCCAGAAUGUCCUUCUUAGGUUUUUAGACACCCAGGCCCCCUCAUUAUCUGACCCAAACAGUGAACAUGAGAAGAUGGAAUUUGUGAACCUGGUGCUGCUUUUCUGUGAAUUCAUACGGCAUGAUGUUUUCUCCCACGAUGCUUACAUGUGCACUUUAAUAUCACGUGGAGAUUUAUCCAUCACUGCAACCCCUAGAUCUCGCUCGCCAACUGGGGAAAAUAUGGAUGAACAGUAUUCUAGGGAACAAGAUGUGAAACUGGAGGACCAUAGUAUUAUGGAACAUAUGUACAUUGACUCGGGAACUGCUAAUAUUUUUGAUGACAUAGACAAGAAUGACUUUAAGACAGACUUUGGUUCGGAAUUUCCAAUAUUUUCUCCAAUGCCUGGGGAGUCUUGUGAGAGUCUGAAUUCUGUAUCAAUGAUAGACAGAAGAAUUUCAACAAUGAGUGAAAAGUCUAUGAAGAGGGAAAAACUGAGGGAGCUGAUUUUUCCAUCGAACUACAACCUCCUUCGCCAUUUGCAAUAUGCAACACAUUUUCCUAUACCUCUGGAUGAAUCUUCAAGUCAUGAAUGUAACCAGCGCAUGAUUCUUCUUUACGGUGUUGGCAAAGAACGUGAAGAGGCAAGGCAUCAAUUAAAGAAGAUUACCAAAGAUAUCUUGAAAAUCCUAAAUAAGAAAAGCACUACAGAAACAAGCGCUGGAGAAGAAGGGCAGAAAGUCAGAAAGAACAAGCAGGAAACCUUUCCGACAUUAGAGACUGUGUUUACGAAACUGCAACAGCUUUCAUACUUCGAUCAACAUCAAGUAACAUGUCAGAUCUCCAACAAUGUUCUGGAACAGAUUACUAGUUUUGCUUCAGGGACAUCAUAUCAUCUUCCAUUGGCUCACCACAUACAGCUUAUCUUUGAUCUAAUGGAGCCUGCUUUAAAUAUCAAUGGGCUUAUUGACUUUGCUGUUCAGCUGCUGAAUGAGCUGAGUGUGGUGGAAGCUGAGCUUCUCUUGAAGUCCUCCAGCUUGGCAGGAAGUUACACAACAGGACUCUGUGUUUGCAUCGUUGCCGUCCUGAGGCAUUACCAUGCUUGCCUCAUUCUGAAUCCAGACCAAACUGCUCAGGUUUUUGAAGGAUUAUGUGGUGUUGUCAAACACGUCGUUAAUCCAUCAGAAUGCUCUUCCCCAGAAAGAUGUAUUUUAGCCUAUCUCUAUGAUCUCUACAUGUCCUGUAGCCACCUCAGAAGCAAAUUUGGAGAUCUUUUCAGUAGUGCCUGCUCAAAAGUGAAGCAAACCAUCUAUAGCAAUGUUCAGCCCUCAAACUCCAACUUGUUAUGGGAUCCAGAGUUCAUGUUGGAUUUUAUUGAGAAUCCCUCAAUCCACAGCCUCAAUUAUUCAAUGUUGGGCAAGAUCUUGAGUGACAAUGCACCUAGUCGCUAUAGUUUUGUGUGUAAUGCACUGAUGAAUGUAUGCAUGGGCCACCAAGAUACAGGCAGAAUCAACGACAUUGCCAAUUUGUGUGCAGAGUUAACCGCUUGCUGCACAGUGCUAAGCUCGGAAUGGCUAGGGGUCUUGAAAGCCCUUUGCUGUUCGUCAAACCAUGUCUGGGGGUUUAAUGACCUUCUCUGCAGUGUGGAUGUGAGUGACCUAUCGUUCCAUGAUUCAUUGGCUACCUUUGUUGCAAUCCUCAUAGCCCGGCAGUGUUUUUUCCUAGAGGAUGUUGUUCAGCACGUUGCACUUCCUUCUUUACUUACAGCAGCUUGUGGAGAUCCAGAUGCUGAGCCUGGGGCAAGGAUGACAUGCAGGCUUCUGUUCCACCUCUUUCAAACACCUGAGGUUUCCCUGCUGCCUACUGGGAAAUCUUUCCCAGGAAUUCGAUCAUCUUGUGAUCGUCACCUCUUAACUGCUGCUCACAACAGCAUAGAAGUGGGUGCUGUGUUUGCUGUGCUGAAAGCAAUACUGAUGCUUGGUGAUGCGGAAAUUGGAAGCAAUAGCAUGCCCUCCUUGAAGAAGUCAGAUUACUCAGUGCGAAGAUUGCUAGGUGACUUUAAUGAAGAUGAGAUAUGGGAUGCCACCUCACAUUCUUUGAAAUCAUGCGGAAAACCUUUCUCCAUAGAAACUGCUAGUCUCAGUGAAUAUGCUAGAUAUGUGCUAAGAAGUAUAUGCCAGCAGGAGUGGGUGGGAGAACACUGCUUGAAAGAACCCGAAAGACUGUGUACUGACAAAGAUCUUAUCCUGGACCCAGUCCUUUCAAACAAACAAGCACAAAAAUUGUUGCAGCUUAUCUGUUAUCCUCAUGGAGUUAAAGAAUGUGCGGAGGGUGACAAUCCUCAGAGACAACACAUCAAGCGUAUUCUUCAGAAUUUAGAUCAGUGGACUCUCCGCCAAUCGUGGUUGGAGCUCCAGCUGACGAUCAAACAGUGUAUGAAGGAGCCUGGUUCUGGGUCUGUGGCUGAAAUGAACAGCUUGUUGGAUAAUAUUGCAAAGGCGACGAUAGAGGUGUUUCAGCAAUCCGCUGACCUAAACAAUAACUCUUCUAACUCUGGUAUAGGCCUCUUCAGUCCAAACUCUGUUGGAAACGCUGACACACAUAUUACGAGGCAGAACAGUAAAAAGACAUUUCUAAGUUCUUCUGAGAGGCGAGGCGCUUGGCUAGUGUCUCCAUUGAUCGCGAAGCUGCCUACCUCUGUUCAAGGCAGAGUCUUGAAAGCAGCUGGAGAAGAACUAGAGAAAGGCCAGCAUUUGGGAUCGUCUUCAAAGAAGGAGAGAGACAGGCAGAAGCAAAAGAGCAUGUCUCUUUUGAGUCAGCAACCUUUCCUUUCUUUGGUGCUUACUUGCCUUAAGGGACAGGAUGAGCAGCGAGAAGGGCUUCUAACAUCUCUACAAAAUCAAGUUAAUCAGAUAUUAAGCAACUGGAGGGAAGAGAGAUACCAGAAUGAUGUUAAAGCUAGACAAAUGAUGCACGACGCUUUGCAACUUCGUCUUAAUUUGGUGGGUGGAAUGUUUGACACGGUGCAGAGAAGUACGCAGUGGACCACAGACUGGGCACUUCUGCUCCUUCAAAUAAUAACAUCGGGAACCGUUGACAUGCAAUCGAACAAUGAAUUGUUCACAACUGUACUUGACAUGCUGAGUGUGUUGAUCAAUGGAACCUUAGCUUCUGACCUAUCAAAUGCAACCCAGGUGGGAUCUGAAGAGAACAAAAGAGCAUACAUGAAUUUGGUGAAAAAGUUGAAAAAAGAACUGGGAGAUAAGUGUUCAGAAAGUAUUGACAAAGUUCGUCAGCUUCUUCCCUUGCCUAAGCAGAUGUGCGACAUUAUUGCCUGUGAGCCUAUGGGGUCACUGAUUGAUACCAAGGGAAACAAAAUUGCUGGAUUUGACUCCAUCGAUAAGAAACAGGGGCUUCAAGUCUCAAUGAAGCAGAAAGUAUCCCCGUGGGAUUUAUUUGAAGGCAAUAGAAAUCCUGCUCCGCUAUCCUGGGCCUGGUUUGGAACUGUCCGUAUCGAUAGGAAAGUAAUAAAAUACGAGGAGCAGCAGCACCUCCUCCUCUACCACGCCCACUCUAAACCCAAGCCACGAAGUUACUACCUCGAGCCUUUACCUCUCCCUCCUGAAGAAGAGGAGGAGGAGGAAGAGCCUGCUACCCCUGCAUCUCAGGAACCGGAAAGGAAGUCAGCAGAGCUGUCAGAUCAGGGCAAACCUUCAGCAGACGAAGAGAAGAAGGCAAAAGGCAAGAAGCGAAAGACAAAACCAACUUCCAAACCUGAUGAGUACCCUCAGAACAAUGUAUAUAGAGUCCCUCCCAACUAUUCACCACUUUCAUCUCAAAUGAUGCACCACCCCCAGUCUGCUUUGUGGGGCUAUAAUGUUAUGGGGCAGCCCCAACAAGGCUUUCUUGUCCAGAACCAGCCUCUUCCACCAGGUGGCUCCAGAUUGGAUCCUCCCAACUCCUUUGUCCCAAGCAAAAAACAAGUGCUGUCCAACAUGCUGCAGAGGCGUUCUGGCACCAUGAUGCAGCCACCAUCAAUUCACGCAAUUGCUUCACAACAGCAACAGCAACAGCAGCAGCAGCAACUGCUCCAGAUGAAGCUACUUCAGCAGCAGCAGCAGCAACAACAGCAGCAGCGGCUUCUAAGGCAGCAAGCCCAGGGUCCGACUAUCGACCAGGCUGCUGUUUUUGCUCAACAAAUCCGGCCAACUUCUCAGCUUCCAUAUCCAGGGAUACAGCAGACACAGACUAUUCCUCAUGGCUACACAAUGUACAGCACUCAGAUGCCAUUGCAAUCACAGCAGGCCGGGGGCAUCGUCCUUUCCUACAACUCCAGGGCCUAUCAAGCAGCUCAUUUGAACCCUGCUCUGAUGGAAAGGCUGAGGCAGACGCAGCAACAGCCAAGUGGGUACAUUCAUCAGCAAGCGGCUGCCUAUCCUCAGCCUCUAACAGGCAAUCAGCGAUUGAGUCAUCAGCCUUUGCAGCAGAAUCCCUUGGUUGGAGGGCCACUCGAUGCUAUGCCAACCACAGCUUCCCACCCAAACCUUAACUCAGUUCAGAUGCCUCAGGAACAGAUGAGACAAAGACAACAACAAAUUCGACAACAGAGACUCCUUCAGUUGCAGCAGCAGCAGCAGCAGCAGCAAGGACAGCAACAGGUGCUUAGUCUCCAAGCAAUGCACCCUCAGCAACCUUUGUUUCCAAGACAAGGCUUGCAGCAGACACAACAGCAACAACAGACGGCUGCCCUCGUCAGACAACUCCAAAAACAGCUGUCAAGUAACCAGCCACAGCAAGGUGUGAAUCCAUAUGGCCAUCCUUCAAACUUCUGAAUCUGGAAGAUGGAAAUAAGACAAAGUGUUUGCACUGAAGAAUGGGGAAACAGAAUUUGUUGCACUAAUUAUCUCCCCCCUCCGCAUUUUUUUGUGCUGCAACUGAUGUGAAUAUAUAAGAAAUAGGUGAUUUUUUUGUUUUUGCACUUAACUAAUUAUAAAUGUAUGGAUUAUAUGGGAUUAUAUGAAGAACAUUUGUUGCUGAAGAAUAUAUGGAUUUGGUGCUUUUAGGGUAUUUACACUCCUCCCCUUUACAGGAUUAAAAAUCCUUCCUUUCUUUUUGUGGAAAACAAGUUUUGAUUUUCUUAAGAACUGCACUGGACCAAACUACUUAUGAAAAAGGCACUUCCAUUUUUUUUUAUUUAAUGCACAAGGGUGGCUCCUCCCCCCUUUGUUUUUUGGUAGAAUGUGUAUUGAUUUCGGUUUUUUUACAUUAGUUUUGAUCAUGUUUGUAGAUUUCAUAAGCACUUUAUAAAAGAAUUUGUUUGCAAAGUUCCUGAUUUUUCUGUUGCUUUCAUUGUGGUAAUAAAGUUCCUGAAGGAGGAUC